AUGCAUCCUCUCACAUCUCUCCGCCCACCCCGAAUCCCAGGCCUCCCAAGCCUCCGCAAUCUCCUAGCACCACACGGACCUAGUCGCCUCGCACGGCAACGCAGCCUACACAACCAAGCCAGCACACACAAACUGCACUCGACACUAAGUCACAAUACACCAGCAUACACAACUGGAAGACUACUCACCACCACUACAACCACCACCAGUAACUUGCUAACCCAGCAACGCCAACACCACCACCCACAAGCCAUCUUCUUCCCACCAACCCCCCACGCAAAACGACCCUUCGGCGACCUCAAAGCCACCGGCGGCAAAGCCGAAGCAGACCUACUCGUCGAGGAGCUCCAGGAGCUGUACGAGGUCGCGACGGACGAGUUCGAGAUCGCCACCGACAGCACCGACGCCGCGACCAUCUACGCUGCGUCGGAUCGGGAGUCGGCGCGGGAUGCGCUGAAUCAGCUGUGUGCUGUAUAUGGCAUGUACAGCUCUGCUCCUUCUACUUCUUCUUCUUCGUCGUCGUCGCCGUCGUCGGCUGCCAAUCCCCAUACUGUUGUUACGGAAGGCCAGGCCGAGGCCGAGGGGUCCGGUGAGGGUCCUCCUUUUGUCGAGACGAAUUAUGAUCCCGCGCAGGUUUCGCAGGCUGUUAGGGAUGAGGUGCGGAAGAGAGUUGGGCAGCGGGUGAGGGAGUUGAAGAAUGCUGUUGAGGUUUUGGAGGAGAAGGCUAAGGCUGAUUAG